UAGUGAAUGCAGGGUCCGGGGAGAGCAGAUAUAGUGAAUGCAGGGUCCGGGGAGAGCGGAUAUAGUGAAUGCAGGGUCCGGGGAGAGCGGAUAUAGUGAAUGCAGGGUCCGGGGAGAGCGGAUAUAGUGAAUGCAGGGUCCGGGGAGAGCGGAUAUAGUGAAUGCAGGGUCCGGGGAGACCGGAUAUAGUGAAUGCAGGGUCCAGGAAGACUGGAGAUAUAGGAGACCUGAUAUAGUGAAUGCAGGGUUCCAGGGAAAAACCAAAUACCAGUACAGGGAGACUGCAUAUAGUGAAUGCAGGGCCCAUGGAGAG